AUCGCCCAUAAGAGAUGAGAGCAAGAGCACGAAGUUGAGCCGAGUAGAAGAAUGUUUCGAUUGCCUCCCGUUUGGGUGUGAACAAAAGUUGUCUAGCUGGGGUUUUAUUUGCUUGGUGUGUAAUUUCCAAGAGUUUCUCUUAGUUUCUAUUAAAUUGCAUUUAUCAGUGCACAAUAGGAAAUUGUGAAUUUACUUUAUAGUUGUUGGCAUUGUAUGCUCGAAUGCAAAAGAAAGCUCACAGACGUACAAGAAGCAGUCAUUUAGAGAGGAUCGGGCUACUCUAGUCAGAAAGAACGGCCCUAUGAUGGCCUUUGGGGCACUUUUGAAGUUCUAAAAGAAAAGAAAAAACAAUUCACCAGUGCCCAUCAUACGUCUAAUUUCACGGAUCUUGAAUUGUUGGAUUGUUAGGUGCGCGGAGAAACUCAUACACACGCACACAAAAAGAAAAGAAAAAAAACAAAGCUUAGAUUCCAGGUGGGUAUAUGCUGCAAAAAAAGAUUGGCGGGGACAUGCAGCAAUACAAGAUCCGCCAGACGGACGCAAAAAGUGGUACAACAUUCCACGGACAUAACCACAGUAACGGCCAUUCUGAACAUUCCCCAAAUUCAUCCCACCUCUCCCUGCUGGCGGACGAUGAGAACUUAUUAGGGCGACAUCACCAUAAAGGUGGUACAACGCAGCAGGUUACAACAGUAACGAAAGUAGUUCGUGAAGUUAAGCAUUUACCCAAUACUUCGGGUCUCGACUACGUCUCCAUGCCACUCGACGUUCAAUCACUAGGGGACACCGAUGAGCCAUCUGUGGAUUAUGUUACAAUGCCACUAGGCCUCUUUCCCAGAUCACAAUACGUGCAGUACAAUCAUAUGGAACAGCCACACCAUAUUUACGUGCACGGUUGUUCAACUGGACAGGGAAAUGAUGGGGUAGCCUAUCAUGCACAUUAUCCCGACUAUGAUGCCUAUGCGCCACAGUAUGCCAAUGCCCCAGAGGCCCAUCUUACAUUUCCAGGCGUUGGUGACACGGAAGCUUCAUCUCGUACGCCACCGAGUCCAAGCGACCAAUCUGCCUCACCUUCGCAAAUGCCACCAACUGAUGAAGCAGCUGGUGGCUACUUACAGACACAGCAUACUCAAUUCAAUGAUAUACCAGACUACGAUGCACAGCUAGCAUAUGGAUACGUUUCAGGGCCAUAUGUGACAAAUCGGCAGCUGGCAUAUGACCCUCAGUCCGAUGAAGGACGCAAUGGUCCAUCGGCAAAUCGUCUCUAUAAUACGGAAGAAGAAUUACAGCAGCAUUUAUCAGCACUCUCAGUACAUGGGCAUGCAAUGCUAGCUGGUGAAGCUGCUUCACCCAGUGCUGGAUUAGACGACGAAGCACGACGUGUGAGAUGGCGUGAUCCAAAUCUCACGGAAGUUAUUGGAUUUCUUGGCAAUGCAAGUGCAGUUGUUAAGGCCAAUGCAGCUGCCUAUCUACAGCAUCUUUGCUAUAUGGAUGAUCCGAAUAAGCAAAGAACACGUACAUUGGGUGGUAUUCCACCCCUUGUUGCAUUGCUUGAGCAUGAAAAUGGCGAUGUUUACAGAAAUGCAUGCGGAGCAUUGCGAAAUCUCUCAUAUGGACGACAAAAUGACGAAAAUAAGCGAGCUAUAAAGACUGCGGGUGGUAUUGGUGCCCUAAUAGCUCUACUACGGCGUACAAAUGAGAGUGAAGUGAAGGAACUUGUAACAGGUGUAAUAUGGAAUAUGUCUUCAUGCGAAGAUCUCAAACGUUCCAUCAUUGAUGAAGGUGUGGGUGUAAUUGUAACAUUCGUAAUCAUUCCACACAGUGGAUGGGAUACAGUGAAUCCCGGUGAAACGUGCUGGUCAACUGUUUUUCGCAAUGCAAGUGGCGUAUUGCGAAAUGUUAGUUCAGCUGGGGAAUAUGCACGUACAAAGUUACGUGAAUGCGAGGGAUUAGUUGAUUCACUAUUGCACGUUAUCCGUACGGCCAUCGAUAAAUCCAACAUUGGGAAUAAGAUUGUUGAGAAUUGCGUUUGCAUCCUCAGGAAUCUUUCAUACCGUUGUCAGGAAGUUGAGGAUCCAAAUUAUGACCACCAUCCAUUACCAACACUUGGUACACGAAGUAGCGCCUCAGCAAAGACAACUGAUCAAAAUCUCGGUUGUUUCGGGGCGAGUCGCAAGAAGAAGGAUACAGGCACCGAGAAGGGUGCAACUGCCACACUCACAACACGUACUGUUUCAUCACGAAGUGAUGCGGUAAAGGGAUACGAAUUGCUGUGGCAACCUGAUGUUGUGCAGUCGUAUUUGACACUGUUGCAGAGUUGCUCCAAUCCCGAAACAUUGGAAGCAGCUGCUGGGGCACUACAGAAUUUAGCUGCAUGCUAUUGGCAACCAAGUAUUGAGAUACGGGCAGCUGUACGCAAGGAGAAGGGUCUCCCGAUUCUGGUGGAAUUGCUACGAAUGGAAGUUGAUCGGGUUGUUUGUGCUGUUGCCACAGCCCUGAGGAAUUUGGCAAUUGAUCAGCGCAAUAAGGAAUUAAUUGGGAAGUAUGCAAUGAGGGAUUUAGUGCAGAAACUCCCAUCGGGUAAUCCACAGCAUGACCAAGGGACUUCCGAUGAUACCAUUGCAGCUGUUCUUGCCACCCUCAAUGAAGUAAUAAAGAAGAAUGCCGAAUUCAGUCGUUCACUCCUGGAUGCUGGUGGUGUGGAACGUCUCAUGAAUAUUACGCGUCAACGUCAAAAGUACACACCGCGUGUCACCAAAUUCACCGGACAAGUUCUCUUUACAAUGUGGCAGCAUCAGGAGUUGAGGGAUGUGUACAAGAAGCAUGGAUGGCGAGAGCAGGACUUUGUGACAAAGACAAUUGCUGCACGCAAUGCAACACCCAAUUCACCCAACAACGCCAAUAGCACACUAAAUCGGCCUAUGGCAUCUCAAAGUGGGACUCGAUACGAGGACCGUACAAUAAAGCGAUCGGCUGCUGCACCAAGGAACAAUGGGGCACCACAGCGGGGACCUCAUCCAGUCUACCAGCAGCGCACUCAACCCCACACUUAGGGCUCAUUCUCCUCGAACACACACACCUCCUCCCCUUUCUAACUUGUAAUAGUUCGAACGCAAUAUUUAUAUACAUAAAUAAUUACUUAUUAAAGUUAAUGUAAUAGCACAACCAGA